GUUGAAAAGAACAACAUUACGCAACUUGCCAAGUGAAAGAGGCAAACGCGAUUUUCCUGGCACACAGCGAAACAAUGUCGUGCGCCGACAAGAUCGUCUCCGCUCUGAUCAGGGCCAACAAGGCCGCUAAGCUUCGCUGCCUCCCGGCCGCGAGAUGCACGUCCACGGCGGCGGCGGCGGCCACUCGGGAGAAGCGGCGGCGGACGGCGGACGGAGGAUGCGCCGGCGUGGAGGCUGAUCCCGUGGAGCUCAUCAGCCCGAGCCGGAGCGUCCGCGACGGGGCGCGAGGCGACAUCGGCGUGGACUUCAAGAACACGGAAGAAGCCUACAAGAGCAAGAGCAACGUGGAGCUGCUCAGGAGUCUGCUCGUCUUCAAGCUGUGCACGGUGGACGUCUUGGUGGACAAGAACAAGGAGUUGAUGGAGCUGAGCAAGAAGGUGCUGGGCCAGUGGCUGUUCGAGAAGCUGAUGAAGAUGACCUUCUACGGGCAGUUUGUGGCGGGCGAGGACCACAACGCCAUCAAGCCUCUGAUCCAGAAGAACCAGGCGUUCGGCGUGGGCGCCGUGCUGGACUACAGCGUGGAGGAGGACCUUACGCAAGAGGAGGCCGAGAAGAAGGAGAUGGAUUCAUGUGUGUCUCAAGCCGAGAAAGAAAGUCCAGGCGCCGAUCACCGCGAGAAGAAGUACAAGGCCCAUCGGCAGUUCAGCGACCGACGCGGCGGCGUCAUUAGCGCUCGCACGUACUUUUACGCCGACGAGGUCAAAUGUGACAACCAGCUGGAAACGUUUAUCAACUGCAUCAAAGCCUCAGGAGGAGCCUCUGCAGAUGGCUUCUCGGCCAUCAAGAUGACAGCUCUGGGACGCCCACAGUUCCUUCUCCAGUUUUCCGAAGUCUUGGUCAAAUGGAAGCAGUUCUUUAAGUUCCUGGCGGCCCAGCAGGGAAAAUCGGAAAUGACGGCUCUGGAGCAAAAACUGGAGCCGGGACAACUCAAGGAGAGUUUGACCAGGCUGGGUGUCGCUGCUAAGGAUGACAUUGAGAACUGGUUCACCGGACUGUCAGGAACUAUAGAUAUGCUGGACUGGAACAGUUUGAUAGAUGACACAACCAAAAUCUCCAAUCUGCUCAUGGUGCCAAUCCUUGAGACGGGCCAGCUGGAGCCGCUACUGAGCACAUUCACAGCGGAGGAAGAGCGCCAAAUGAAGCGAAUGCUGCAGAGAGUGGACAUCCUGGCCAACCAUGCCAUGGAGCACGGCGUGCGGCUCAUGGUGGACGCCGAGCAGACGUACUUCCAGCCGGCGAUUAGCCGCCUGACCCUGGAAAUGCAGAGGAAGUUCAACACAGAGAAGCCGAUAAUCUUCAACACGUAUCAGUGCUACCUGAGGGAGGCCUACGACAACGUGACGGUGGACGUUGAGCUUUCUCGGCGGGAGGGCUGGUACUUCGGUGCCAAGUUGGUCCGCGGGGCCUACAUGUACCAGGAAAGAGCCCGGGCGGAGGAGAUCGGCUACGAGGACCCAAUCAAUCCCGACUACGACGCCACCAAUAGGAUGUACCACAAAUGUUUGGAGUACCUGCUGGAGGAUAUCGACCACGGUCGCAAGUCAAACAUCAUGGUUGCCACUCACAACGAGGACACGGUGAAAUUCACCUUGGAGAAGAUGAACGAGAUGGGGCUUUCACCCACAGAGAACAAAGUUUACUUUGGACAGCUGCUCGGCAUGUGUGACCAGAUUAGCUUCCCGCUAGGUCAAGCGGGUUUCCCGGUGUACAAAUACGUCCCGUACGGCCCUGUAGACGAGGUCAUCCCGUAUCUGUCCCGCCGCGCUCAGGAGAACCGCGGCUUCAUGAAGGGCUCGCAGCGGGAGCGCAGCUUGCUGUGGAAGGAGCUCAAGCGGCGCCUGCUGCGGGGGCAGAUCCUCUACAAGCCCGUCUACUGAGUAUCGGGACCACCAGGCGCUGCAGGCAUGCCGCCAUUGACCCCCAUCUUGGGCUGGUGGGGUACCGCUUAACAACAUGGACACCCUUUUUGGUUAUACUCUUUAGUUUAGCAUUUUGUUUAGAGAAGAACACUGAGAGUCACUUUCUGCUUGCCAAAUAGUGAGCCCACGACUUUGCAGUGAUGAAUGAGCUACAACAGAUUAAGAUAUGGUGGAUCAUUAUUUGGCAAGUUAGUAUCUGUUUCGAUAAUCCUGUGGUUCAGUUGCGCUUUAGCCAUUAAGAAGGUGGAAAAGAGAGUUAUAGUUAGAUUUUAGUCGCACUGGGUAAAUAAUGUAAGGGUGGUUGGUGAGCCCGCAACUUACAGAAUUAAAGCAGUCACCAGCUGCUUGCCAAAAUGUGAGCCCACUAUGCUCACCCCUUCAGCGUUUUUAAACACAAAGCCUCUUUGUUAGUCAUAUAUAAGCACUUAUUUACAAUCUAGUCAUCUGAACUUCAGCUAUUAUUAGGUUGCAAAAGGGAGGCAUAUUUUAAAGUGCACUCAUGUCCUUUGUUGGUCAUUUAUAAGCAGUUUUCUAUUUAGUUAAGUGGCGACUCACUACUUGGUAACUUAUCUAAGUUAUCUGAAAAACAGUAACUACCAUUGGGUGACUAACAUAAUGGUUAACGUAGUGGGCUCACUAUUUGGCAAGUCAGAGGUGACAAUUGAGGGGGUGUAAUGCAUCGAUAAAUUAUUUUCUUAUGUACUUUUAAAAAGGUUUGACACUUUUCUUGCAUAUCUGUCACUCCAACAUGCCAUAAUAUUGGACGCACAAGAUUAUUGACGCACGGAAUUGUACAUGUAAUAAUCUACUGUAUUAUGUUGACAUAUGGUGUCUAAUUAUGGUGCAGUGAAGGGAUUUAAAUUGCAGAGAAACAUAUACUGUACUUUAGUAAUAGUCACAUAAGUAUGUCGAUAAUAACAAUUGUCUUAUUUCUGUGCAAUUGGUUGCACGGUGCAAAAGAGUAGAAGAAAUGUUACAUUUCACUUGAAGCAUAGGUACAACUAUGAGAAAAAUUUUCCAUAGUUUCUGACACAGAAGCACAAGAGCCAACUAGAGACACAUUGCUACACAAGGACAAUGGUCAAACGCAGUUUUAUUUAUUCUUUUGUUGCAAUAAAUCAAGAGAAAUGGGACUAUAUCAAAAGUAUUAGGAUGUGAACUAAGUGUUGCAACAAAGGCACAUUAUAUGUUUGUUUUUUUAACUUUGUAUGUGUGUGUUCUAUCAUUUUAUUGUUGGUGGAUCAGAAUUUUGUACAAUUGUAGAAUAAAUAUUCUUUUGAAUAAAACAAUAAUAAAAAUGAUAUAUAUGGUAAAUGAA